GAUAGCAAGAGCAAGAGCAACAAGUAGUGUCGGUCUCGGUCUUUCUAUACUCUAUACACCGUGAUAUAUUGAAUUGUGUUGUAUCGCUACUGACUGUGACUGCCUUUCGUGUUUUUAAUCAACCUUCUGCAUUUUAUAAGAUUUAAUAAUGAGAUUAUUAGUUAAUUAUAACAUAUUCUAGUAAAAAUAUUAAAGCAAAAUCUAGGCGAACAAAAACUACAGCACAACCACUGCCACCAGUCAACCUAAACAUGGCACAAUUCCAUUGGAAUUCUCGAGUUUUCUUGUUGAUUUGUCUUCUUCAAUUCGGAUUUAUUGCUCCGUCCCAACAACAACUCAUUCCAUAUGGCACCCAACAGUUCUUCGAAUAUCAAAACCAAGUUUCUGUGACUGAUCUGCGAAAUCUCAAUUCUAAAGAAACAAUCUCCUAUACACUCACUCUCACAGCUACCAUUCGCUCAAUAUGGAAUCGAGAAACAACACAAUUGCUCCUUAUAACACUACACAAACCGAAAAUUCAAACUUCCGGUGAGAAGCAAGACGUUCCAAAAAUUAUCGACAAACCUUAUUAUGUUGUCGUCGAGGAUGGUAAGGUCAUUGAGUUGCUAGCCGAUCGUAGUCGAGAUGCAUAUCUGCUGAAUCUUCGUCGAAGUAUUGCUAGUUUUCUGAAUUUCCACUAUGAAAAUGGUCCUGUGCCAGAAGUCGAUGUGUCUGGUGAGUGCAUUGCCUUCUAUUUGGCCAAAUCAUCGACGAAAUAUGAGAAAAUCAAAUCCGACUGCAGCAAUUGGGACCUUAAGGUCAGCUACCGAUCUGAGGCACCAUUAGAACUUAGUCUCCCCUCAGGUGUUAGUAUGAAGCCUUCAUUGAAAGUGGAAUAUGAGCUAGCUCAAGAUGGUAGCUUAUUGAAGGUGCGAUCUCAUGAAACACAUUCCUUAGCACUAAAUGCUAAACCAGACGCUGGCAGUCAAGUGAAGUCGGAGGUUGUUCUUAAGCACGUUGCUGGAUCGCCGGUGACACAGUUAACUUUUGAAACCCUAAACGAUACCAUUUCAAGUUUGGAAAACUUCCGAGCAUUUGAAUUACAAGCAGAGGUAGAUGGUUCGACAAGUGAGAUUAAAGGAGUGACGCUUUCUGAAAAAAUAUCCGCAUAUAAAAAUGAAUUGACCGAUGAAAAUAUUGGCAAAGAGUCAACUGCCUUGCUUUUAGUUGAACUCUUGCCAAUUGCAAGAAUCACAAAGACCCAAGAAAUCGUCGAAAUCCUCGAGGCCAACAAACCUCUUAAAAGUCAAUUAAUAGAUCUUUUAGGAGCCACUCAAACCAUCGAUGCCCACAAUGCUUUUUUCAAAGUAUUUGAUAUCAAAAGCGAUGAAAAUUUAGAUAUUAUCGAGAAGUACCUUCAAGCCCUGGCCGUGGGUACUCAUCCGGAUAGAGCGAUCAUCGAAGAUCUAUUUGCUCGAAUUAUAAGUGAAACAGUUACGGAAGCCAAACUCAUGGACACACUAAUUCAAACCACAGCUUCGCUUGCACGGCAAUCAACUUUUGCCCAGGGCGAUGAGUUGCUGGCAAAGAUAAGGACGUAUCUAAUCAAUCAGUUAACAAAAGAAUGCACAUCCAGCGAAUGUAAGACUCAGUUCAUUCGUGCGCUCCAGAAUCUUCAGGAUAUCACCACAAUUCCUGAACUGCUUAAGCAAGCCACCGAGGGUGAUGCUAAAGUUUCUGUUACAUCGCUACAGGCAUUGCGUAGUUUCCCCAUUAGGUAUUUCUCGAGUGAAGAUAGUAAAACCUUCGAGGCGAUAUUCUUCCAAACCAAGAGAAAGUACGAUUCGAGUUCGAGAACGUUGGCACUUGAUAUUAUUUUGGAUAUGAAACCAAGCAAAGAUCAACUCGGCGAGUUGCUUGACUAUUUGGGCUCGAGCGAUCGUUAUUUCGAAGUUAAGACCUAUCUUCUACAAAAACUUCGGAUGUUCAGUGAAAAGUGUCCCAGAUUUAGGGCACUUCUCAAGGCAUGUUUAGCGGAAAAGCCUUCAAUCAAUAAUUACCACGUUAUGGGACAGAAGGGUCUUACAACUGCCCUGCAUCGAGAGUUGACAAAAAGCCCUGCGUUCAAUGAAAGUUUGCUGAGUAUUCAGGAAAUAAAUCAGGGCGUAUUGAAGAGAGGAAGUGUUGAGAUGAUUCUGGGAGCAGGACGUGAUCAGAUAAGCACUUUUAAGCUGGGAAUUUACACAAGUGGACUUAAUUCUUUUGUUGGUGAUUCAAACAACGAUGUGGGAGAUAUUGUCGAGGAAGAGGAAGCAGAAGAUAGUCCAGUGACGGCAGGUAUGGAGAUAUCCGUCCAAGGUGUACUCCUCCGUCCACUGGUGUUUUUCAAUGGUCAAACUGAGCUGAUGGGUCACGUUUGGAGUGGUACAGCAUCUGAACCAACUCCAGCUUACCUUGCAACGACUCUAGUCCAAGAUCAUGAGCAUUAUGUGAUUUUGUCAAGUGGUUCAACUGCAUAUCUCCGAGUUUUCGGUGCCAAAUCAAUUGAUCUCAAUGGUCAGGUGCAGUUUAGUUUGUGGAAUCGUAAUGCGCACACCGAAAUUAAUCAGAUAUCUGGUACCGGAGUAGUUGGAUCAAUGAUUGUUGGAACAUCAUUCGCAAAGUUAGAAAAUACAUUUUCACUCACAACUGAACCAAAGAUAAGUCUAAUUGCUGAUAGUGAUUUCUAUUACGAUAUGAAGUUGUGUAUUCAACUCGGGAGACCAGAAACCACAUUAAGGCAUCGACAUAUAAAAUCAAUUAUCCUCACAAAUGAAUCUCCAUACAGUAAGAAAAUGAUUUCUAAAAUUGAACAUAAGUUGCCGGGCAGCACAUUAGCUUUAAAUCAGAAAAAUAAUGAAAUGUGUAAUAUGAUCUUCCCAGAGUAGAAGAAAGAACAAAGGUAAAUGAUUAGGAGCAUUUAAUAUUUUUUAUUCAAAAAAGCAUUAUUGAACAAAUUUUUAAUAGUUUAUAUUUUUAUAUGUAUGUAUAUUGGAAAUGAAAUAAUUAAAAAAAAU